UGGAGCGCAUCAGGACUUGGGCGCCAAUAUAUCUCCAGCCCGUCUCGGCUUUGCCCCGCUCGACCCGCUCCGCAGCCCAUCAAGCAGCCCAUCAAGCAGCCCGUCAAGCAGCCCGUCAACACCUCGCCGGCCAGCACGAUGGACAACACACAGGGAAAGCCCGAUCCGCCGGAAGAGCCGCAGUUUCUCUCUGGGCGUAACCUGCUCACCAUCGUGAUCGAUACCAACCCCUAUGCUUGGCUCAAACUCUCUCGUCGGGCCACCAACCCGGUCCAGUUCACCGCCGUGCUGGAGCAGAUUCUGGUCUUCAUCAACGCCCAUCUUGCUCUCAAAUACGACAACCUGCUUGCCGUCAUUGCCUCGCACAACGACCACGCCGAGUUUCUGUUUCCGUCGUCACUGGUAUCGGUAGAUCCAUCCAAGAAGCCGGCCAAUAUCUAUCGCCAGUUCUGCGAAGCGGACGUCACCAUCACAGAACGGCUGCGACAGCUCGCCCAGAGGAGCACCGAGCCCACGGAACCGAGAUCAGAUUCGUCCAUGGUCCCCGCGGCGUUGUCGAUGUGCUUGGCAUACAUCAACCGCAUCCAGAAGGAGAAUGAAUAUCGCCAGGUCCGCUCGAGGGUGCUGAUCAUAUCAGCCUCGCCAGACUCGUCGGCCCAGUAUAUUCCGUUGAUGAACUGCAUAUUUUCCGCUCAAAAGUCGGGCAUCCUGAUCGAUGUCUGCAAACUGCACAACGAGUCGCUGAUCUUUAUGGAGCAAGCCGCCCAGCUGACAGGUGGCGUAUUCUUGGAUGUACCCGACCCACGGAGUCUGAUCCAAUAUCUUUUGUUCUCGUUUCUCUCGGAUGUCGAUACCCGCAAAUCGCUCUGUCUGCCCGGGAACAAGCAAGUCGACUACCGCGCCGCCUGUUUCUGUCACAAAAACAUUGUCGAUGUUGCCUAUGUCUGCUCAGUGUGUCUUUCAGUGUUCUGCACCAGCCACUCCGAGUGUUCCACAUGCCAGUCCAAGUUCCCCGCAAAGUGACCGCAGACGGCAUAGGCAAUAGCGAAUACGACACUCGAAUCUCCAAAGCGGCCGUUCGAGCGACGACCAUCGACUGGGCUUCGAUUUCGAUGCACUCAUGUCUUGCUGCACGCUCGCAUGCCG